AUGUUGCGGGAUCCUCCAUCAGCACAGAUAUCUCAUAAUACCUUUGGCCCAUCGAGCUAUGUCGGAGCGCACACACUUCUCGCCCAUGAUGCCGUCGCCGAGCCCGCAAUCGAAACUUCAGUCUUAUCUCGAACUGCACCUCAGAUUGAGCCGCUAUUACAAUGCGUAGAGGCCACGAUAUUACCCAAACCUCCACUGCUAGCAGCUCUCACCGAGGCUUACUUUGCCAACGUUUUCGAUCGUUAUCCAGUGACUGAUCGCAGGGAGUUUGAUGACCCUACUUGUUCGGUAUUAUUGAAACAAGCAGUGUGUAUGGCAGGGAGCUUGACGCGCCAUUCUUCGAGGGGUGAUGGAUUGGCUCUUUCUCGUAGGCUCUAUGAGAAGACGAAGCUAAUGCUUUCUCUGAAUUACGAUCCAAACCCUGUCACAGUUCUAGCCGCACUCUGCUUGAUGAUUUGCUGGAGUCCCAACCCGACCGACUUACUCAGCCUUGACUGUCCUUGGCAGUGGACCGGCACUGCGAUCCGAAUGGCGUUACAAAUGGGUUUGCACAAGGAGUCUACAUAUCUGAAGCAUUCACAACCUGGUCGCCUACGACGUCUUUGGUGGAUUUUAAUGAAUGCAGAUCGGUUGCAAGCAGCCUGCUUCGGACGUCCUCUAGCUGUCCGUUACUCUGACUGUGACACUAGAUUGCCAAAUGUGGCAGACUUUGAGAAUCCAGACAGCGCAAGCUCUGUAUUCAUCCAAUAUGCAGGACUAACAAGCAUAUGGGGCGAGAUCGCUGAUAUCGGAAUCAGCGGGAGGUCAGCUUCCACAGCAGAUCUCCAGCGGCUGACGGACUCUGUUUACACCUGGAUCGCCGCAUUACCAGAGGAAGUUCGAUUAUUCACGGCAACAGGGCUACGCAGACCAUACCGUCAGUCCGUGUCGGAGCUCCACAUGGUUUACUUCGUCACCAUCAUCUUACUUGAAGCAGUCCGUCUGCAAAAUCAUCAUCGAUGGUCUUCAUCGGUGCCUUCUAUCAUAGCUGCAUCCUCCGUGGCACGCCUCAUAGAAGAAGUAGACUGCUGGGAAGAUCUAAAUCUGAUGUCUUCGAGUACAACGUUCUACAUGAUGGCCGCCAGCAUACCACUGAUUUAUCAUCGCCCCAAUCAGGCUGGGAAAAUCAUGGUCCGGAAUGAAGAGCUCCAGAUUCUAUGCUCAACGCUCGAUCGACUGGAGUCGAAGUGGGGAGGGGCACCAGUGGUCCGCAAAAACAUCGAGAAAAUCCGCAACAUGGUGGAGUGGCAAACUCUGGAGCAUCAGUCUGAAAACCAGGAGCCGAGCACGAUUGGUGCUGCUGGAGCUUCAACGCUGCUGCCAAGACUUGCAGAGAUUUUUCCUUUUCCGCAAUCACUUUGCUCAAACAUGGACUUGGUAAACGACAAUGUUGAAAGGCAACUGGACUCCGAAACCUUUCUGCCCUCAUUCGAAGAAGAUAAUCUUCCAUGGUUGGGGCCUGAAACCCAGUCAUAUCUGGAUUUCUUCCGACUUGAUUCUUAUGACGAUCCACCUAUUGUCGAUAGCGAGACAUUCGCGCUGAUUGAUAAUUGA